AGCGCACCGCGCUCUUGCACAGCUACAUGUAGGAACAGGAAGCUUGGAAACAGGAAAAAAGUUCCUGAGAAGGAAGGAAAACUUGAGAUUACGUUUAAAAAAUGAGCAGAAUCUAUUACAACACGUCUUUACAGAACAAACCGGUGCAUAAUGAGAGUUUUGACCGUGUGUGGUGUCCUUCUUCGUAUGAAAGUGGUCCUGGGGUUCUUCUGGAGGGGAAACUGAUGGAUGUUUCCAGACAUUCAAUCAGUGACGUCAACGGACAAAAGGUACGCUUCUACGUGCUGUACAUCAAACCCGGAAGCAUCCACCAGAGGAAAUUCGAAGCCAGUGGGAAGGAGGUGGAGCCGAACUUCAGCGACACCAGAAAGGUCAACACAGGCUUCCUUAUGUCCUCCUACAAGGUGGAAGCCAAAGGAGAGUCUGACCGCCUGACUGAGGAUCAGCUGUCUCAGAUGAUCAACAAAACCGAGCUGGUUAAAAUCACGGACAAGCUCAGACCUGCUGGGAGCUGGGCCUUUUGGUACCCAGAGUCGGAGAUGGACAAAACAGAGCUGGAAACGGGACAGGAAGUCCGACUGAAGACCAGAGGAAACAGUCCUUUCAUCUUCUCUUUAGCCAAAGUGGACAGUGGGACGGUGACCAAAUGCAAUUUUGCUGGAGAUGAAAAGGCCGGCGCCUCGUGGACCGACAAGAUAAUGACCAACAAAACAGACGGCAGCAGCUCUCAGAGGCCUGGAGCGGCAGGGGAGGGAGCCGAGGAGGACGAAUGGGACGAUUAAAGACAACGUGAGUUCUGAUCCAAUCUUCAGGGUUAAACGGGUUUCAUCCUGCAUCGACUCUGAAGAUUGCAGCUGCAGUGCUUUUUAAGAAAAAAAAACAAUAAAAAGUAUUCUUUUGUUUUAUCUUUUGAAUUAAAUGGCCUCGUUUAUACAAAUUUGACUACCACACACAGCCUAAAUAGCGUCACUAGUCAUUGUUACAAAGUUAUUUUCUUUAUCUCUUCUUUUUUUUGUUUCUUUCACAUCGUUCUCUGUGAUGAGACGAGAGAAGAACAGAGGCUCUUCGAGUUCUUGUUGUUUUUACUCUGCUUGUCUGAAAAUGAAGCUCAGGCACAUAAGACAAGAUUUCUUUCCCAAAUUUAUUCCAUAUUAGGGAAAAGUUCAAAGUCUCUUUCCCAGCAGCCAGAUUUUCUCAAAAUCUUGAAGGUCAUUCAAAACCCUUCAUCACAAACAGCCCAGUUUAAAUUUUUACUGUUUCUUUCUAAGUUGAUUGUUUCUGAAUCUGUAACGUUUGACUGGUUCUGUUCUAAUUUUCCGUAAAGUAUUUGAACUGCAACUGCAUACAAUGAUAAAAAAAUAAAUAGGUUGGUUGAUAAGUUCUUUACGACCUAAACUAAGUAUCUACAAAAAAAAAUAAAAAAUUAAGUUACACUUGAUGUUCAGAGUUAAUCUCAGUUUUUGUGAACAGUUCAGUCAUUCCAUUAGCCGAUCCUGGAUUGAACACUUCUGACAUGUUGAAAGCUUGGGAUUUUGCUGUUUAACCCAACUAUCUGCUUUAAACUUUUCCUUAACUUUCUCCCUCCCUUUACUAAUUCACUUUUGAAGCCAUUUUCUUCCACCGUUUUUUAUUUAGAGGCGUUGGAGUAAAACACAACCAUUCAAAACACUUCUUAAGAUUUUUAUAUGUGAAAAAAUGCAGCAUGCACCACAUUUCCUCACACUUUAUUGCUUUGUUUUCAUCUCUCCUGCAUAAUACCAAUAAAGUAUGAUUGUGAGUCA